GUUUUGAUAAGCUUUGCGAAUUCGACUUUGAAGCAGCUCAAAGUUGGCGCUGCAAAUUACACUUGAUUUAGUAUCGCUCUAAGCUUGAAUGAAGCAACUAAACCGGUUUUGAAUAUUUUUUCUGUGUUUGAAUUUGCCAAAUUUAUCAAUUAAAUACGCAUAACUGAGAAAAAUAUGCGUAAAAUUUUGCUUUUGCUUUGCGUUUUGAUGGGUUUGAGCGAGAAUGUGUUCGUGGAGCCGGCAACAAUACCGGAGAGUCAUAAUGAAGUUUGGGGUGCACGAGGUUCAGGUGACGUACUCAUUAAGCGUGAAAUAGUGAAAGAGACGUUCAAGCCGUUGCGCGUGGUGUCGAGUGAUUAUGAAUUCAGACAAAAGGCUGAUAGUAUUGUCCAUCCCCGCACGAUUACGCAAAUUGUGGUCACAGAUAUCUAUACUGAUGGCGAUGGUGGCUAUGCAUCAUUGAAAAGUGGAGGACCAGGAAUGGAUUUUGCAGUUAUACACUUAAAAAGCCAGCGUGGUCAUGGUUAUCACUUUACUAUUGAUUUCUAUGGACAAUGAACGAAAUUUACAAUAAUUUUGAGAUGAGUUUUAAUAGAUCAUAUGUAUAUUAAAACUGAUAGGACGAGAUUGAUAUUAUUAUUUUAAAAGUGGAAUCGAAAUAUAUAUGUAUUUGCGUUUAUAUAGCGCCCGAAAUGGAGAAAAAAUAUAUGAAUGAAAUAUUUUUUAAUUUUAUAAAUCUUA